AUGAGAGUAACAGAAGUCAUUAUCGACCGUGUCGCAAAACAGGGCUUCAAGUCGUAUGCCGUCCGAACGGUGAUUUCAGGAUGGGACGAGAGCUUCAACUCGAUCACGGGACUGAACGGCAGUGGCAAGUCCAAUAUUCUUGAUGCCAUUUGCUUCGUAUUGGGUAUCACCAACAUGUCGACGGUUCGCGCGCAGAACCUGCAAGAUCUUAUUUACAAGCGCGGCCAAGCAGGUGUGACAAAGGCCAGCGUCACAAUCGUCUUCGACAACCGCGACAAGAAGAAAUCUCCCAUCGGUUUCGAAGAGUACGCCACCAUCAGUGUCACGCGCCAGAUCGUGCUGGGCGGCACGUCCAAGUACCUAAUCAAUGGCCACCGUGCGCAGCAGCAGACGGUCCAGAACCUUUUCCAGUCCGUUCAGCUCAACAUCAACAACCCAAACUUCCUCAUUAUGCAGGGACGCAUCACCAAGGUCCUCAAUAUGAAAGCCGUCGAAAUUCUCGCCAUGAUCGAGGAGGCCGCAGGCACGCGCAUGUUCGAGGAUCGGAGGGACAAGGCGCUGAAGACGAUGGCCAAGAAGGAGAUGAAGCUGCAGGAGAUUACAGAGCUGCUGCGCGACGAGAUUGAACCGAAACUUGAGAAACUGCGCAUGGAGAAGCGCGCCUUCCUCGACUUCCAACAGACACAGAACGACCUCGAGCGCCUGACGCGGCUCGUGGUCGCACACGACUAUGUUCGCUGCCAAGAAAAGCUGCAGCAGUCGGCUUCCGAUUUGGAGGCCAAGAAGCAGCGCCAGAGCGACCUCGAAGAAUCCGCCGUGCGCCUCAAAAGCGAGAUCUCCCAUUUGGAGGAAGACGCCAACCGCAUUCGGACGCAGCGCGAGAAGGAGAUGAAGAAAGGCGCCAAGGCGCAGGCGCUAGAGGAGUCAGUGAAGAAGCAUUCAAACGAGCUUGUGCGUCUCGCCACCGUCAUGGACCUGAAGCGGUCCAGCAUGGCCGAGGAGCAGGACCGGCGGAAAGCGGGCGAGAAGAGCGUCACUGAACUUGAGGCCGCGCUGCAAGAAAAGACGAAGGCACUCGAGAAGAUUCGCACCAAGUUUGACGCCGCCAAAGACGACCUCGAAAGGCAGAGCCAAGAAGCCGAGACAAAGGAGGAGCUGCUUCAGACAUUGCAGACAGGUGUCGCCUCCAAGGAUGGCCAAGAAAACGGCUAUCAGGGUCAGCUUCAGGACGCAAGAAGCCGCGUCACGGCGGCCGUCACCGAGCAAGAGCAAGCCAAAAUCAAGGUCGCUCAUCUCGAGAAGCGCAUUAAAGAGGAGGAGCCACGAGCCAAGAAGGCCAAGGAACAGAAUGCAGGCCUGCUGAAAGACAUUGAGGGCCUCAAGUCGCAGUCACAAAAGCUCGAAAAGGAACUUGGCAAGCUCGGUUUCAGCCCCGGUGCGGAGGAGGAGAUGUACAAGGAGGAGUCCACUCUUCGGCAGACAAUCCGUGGCCUGCGGCAACAAUCCGAUACUCUCAAGCGCAAGGUUGCCAACAUCGACUUCAACUAUUCCGACCCCGUGCCCAAAUUUGACCGGUCCAAGGUCAAGGGUCUCGUGGCACAGCUGUUCACACUGGACGAGAAGCACACCAACGCCGGUACUGCCUUGGAAAUCUGCGCCGGUGGCCGUCUGUACAAUGUCGUUGUGGAUACCGAGGUCACCGGUACCCAGCUUCUGCAGGGUGGUAAGCUCCGCAAGAGAGUCACGAUUAUCCCUCUCAACAAAAUCUCUGCCUUCCGGGCGCAAGCGGAAACCGUUGCCACGGCCCAGAACAUCGCCCCGGGCAAGGUCAACCUGGCUCUGUCGCUUGUUGGCUAUGAUAACGAGGUAUCUGCCGCCAUGGAGUACGUGUUUGGCAACACACUGGUGUGCGCCGACGCAGAAACUGCCAAGAAGGUGACAUUUGAUCCGAAUGUCCGCAUGCGGAGUAUUACACUGGAAGGUGAUGCAUACGAUCCCUCUGGCACGCUGUCCGGUGGCAGUGCGCCGACCUCAAGCGGCGUCCUGGUGACUCUCCAGAAGCUGAACGAGAUCAACCGCCAGCUGCAGGAGGCCGAGUCCACAUUGGCGGAGUUGCAGGCUACGAUUGCCCGCGAGAAGACUAAGCUCGAUCAGGCACGCCACAUCAAGCGUGAUCUUGAUCUGAAGACCCACGAAAUUAAGCUAGCUCAAGAGCAGAUCAGCGGCAACUCAUCGUCGUCUAUCAUCCAGGAGGUUGAGAACAUGAAGGAGCAGAUUGUGCAGUUGAAGGCAGACUCCGCCGAGGCCAAGAAACGGCAAGCUGAGGCCAGCGCCGACGUCAAGCGCAUUGAGAAGGACAUGAAGGACUUCGACAACAACAAGGAUGGCAAGCUUGUCGAGCUGCAGGCGGCUCUGGACAAAAUCCGGGCCCAGCUCACAAAGAACACAACCGCGAUGAAAGCCCUUCAGAAGGAGCUCCAGGGCGCGCAGCUGGAUUCGGAACAGGCCUCGGGCGAUCUUGCGGCCGCCCGCGAACAACUCCAAGAGAUCGAUCUUGCCAUGAAGGCCCAGCAGGAGGAGCUGAGCGAGCUGGGCAAGCAGCAGGCAUCUGUCAAGGACCUACACGACGUCGCGCAGGCCCAGCUGCAAGACGAGCGGGCCAAGCUCAGCAUCUAUGAUGACGAGCUGCGCGCUCUCGACCAGGCAACCCGGAGUAAGAACGCCCGCAUUACUGAGGAGGGCCUCGAGCUGCAGAAGCUCGGUCACGCCAUUGAGCGCUUCCACAAAGACAAGCAAAACGCCACCAAGCUGGCGGAGGACAUGGAAGCCGACCACGAGUGGAUUGCCGACGAAAAGGACAAGUUUGGACGGCCAGGCACGCCGUAUGACUUCCACCGCCAGAAUAUUGGCGAGAGCAAAGCGACGCUACGCAACCUGACGGAGCGGUUCCAGGGCAUGAAAAAGAGAUCAACCCCAAGGUCAUGA